UCAGAGUAUUUUUCCCAGACCUGAUGAAGAGCUCUGUGUAGCUUAAAACCUUGUCCCUCUCACCAUCAGAGGUUGAUUGAAUACAAGAAAUUACAUCACCUACAUUGACUCUUUAAUGACUAAUGUAACAUUUAUAAAGCAUUUAUAGUUUAACAACCUUUACCUUACCAGGUUGCAGAGAGUCUGAUGAGUUUGUUUCUGUACACAUGGAUAAUCCAGAUGUCAAAAGACUGACCCAAACAGUGACAUGUGAAUCUCCCCACUAGACCAGUAGCUCAAGGGAAACAAGCUUAGGGACAGAAUAGGAAGGCAAGGCACAAAGGCUCAUGCUGUAAGUGCCUGUUGCCUUACUUUGUCCCCUCACAUAAUUGACAAGGCCUUAAGGCAGCCAUCAACUCCUCCUUCACCCUAGCAGAUUCAUCUUGACUAGGCAUCAUUACCAAGUGCUAAAGCCAUCCUGGUGAGCAAGAAGAAUCCCUGUACAGUUCCUGCAGGCCUGUGCUGAGAGACUUUAGUUGGAGCUGGAGCUAGCACACAGGAAAUCUGAAAUACAACCUCAUACAAUCAUUUUCUUUUGAAUGCCACUGUGUUGUCAAUAGUUCCUUGUUUGGAGCUGGUGAAUCCCAGCCAAAGGGUCGAAGACAUGGCUAGGAGUCUGUGCAAAGAUGUGGGGUAGCCAGGUCCAAGAGAGGCCCCUCAUGCCUUCAGGCUCACAUAUCUACUGGAAUGGAGAGUACAGCCUCAGGGAUUCAUGCCAACGGUGGGACUCUGUUGGCCCAAGCAUGGAGGAAUCCUUGAGGCUGUGGUGGCAACGUCCUGCAUUGCUCCUGGGAGAGGUCAGUAUUGUACAUGCUGCUGGUUCUGGCGUCUGGGGACGGUAUCAGUCUCUCCCAGGUUGUCUCCAAUGGAUUAAACCCUGUUACCUAACAUGGGACUUUGCAGCAAGUGCAGACAGGGCACUAAGGGCACAAAUCCUCCGGCUGCCCAGCUGGGGGCGGCUCGUUGCUCGGGAGGCCUGAGCCUCACCUACUCCCCUUCAGGACUACGCCCAGGGCGACGCCUUUCCGAGGGGCCGGGAUCCCCCGGCACAGUCCCUUCUUGGGAGCUGCGGGCGGGAGGUAACCGACUCCCCGACCGCUACCCGGGCAGCCGCAGCCAGAACCCAGGGCGCAGCGGCAGCAGGGCGGAACGGACGGCGCGGAGGCCGCCGUGCCCGGGCGAGAACACGGAAGGCUGCACACGUGACGCCGUGGUCCUCGCUCCCUUCCCCCACCCCCUCCGGUUCCUCCCGGGAUCCAAGAUGGAGUCGCUGAGUAAAGCGGGGCAGGAGAUGAGCCUGGCGGUCUUAAAGCGGAACGAUCCCUACAUCACCAGCAUCGCCGACGUGACCGGCCAGGUCGCGCUCUACAGCUUCAGCCCCAAAGCCAACGAGUGGGAGAAGACUGACAUAGAAGGUACCUUAUUUGUGUAUAGAAGGUCAGCUUCUCCCUACUAUGGUUUUACGAUUGUGAAUCGACUGAAUAUGCACAACCUAGUUGAGCCAGUAAAUAAAGACUUGGAAUUUCAACUGCAUGAACCUUUUCUUCUUUACAGAAAUGCUAGCUUAUCUAUUUACAGUAUCUGGUUUUAUGACAAGAAUGACUGUCAUCGAAUAGCAAAACUCAUGGCUAAAGUGGUACAACAAGAAGCUCAAAGAUCUCAUCAGGUUUCCCAUGACAGAGAAAGUCCCAGCAGAACUAAUGGGUACAGUGAAAACAAACCCAUUGACAUUCUGGAAAUGCUUAGCAAAGCCAAGGAUGAAUAUGAACGAACUCAGAUCAAUGACUUGAGUAUUAUAUCAAGUUCUGGAAUACAGAAAAAUGCAAAUCCCAUGAAGACAGAAAGCAUGGAGACUUCAGAACAAACAUCUUCAAUAUUACAAAUGCAAGACCAGCCAUUCCAGUCAACGCACAAACAUCUAACGGUAGAAGAAUUAUUUGGAACUUCCUUUCCAAAGGAACAACCAGCAGCUUCAUAUCCCAGUCCAGACAGAGUGGAGAAGUUGCAAGCUGACACUACAGGCAGAGAGCACAACUUAUUCUUGCCUUUUUUACUUGAGCAGUCAUCAGACACACACCAAUCAUUGGGGAAACCAGAGAGCACUAAUGUCAAAAUCAAUGGCAGUACCUUGAAUCAGCAGGAGUCUGUAACACCCAUGCUGAUUGCUCCAGCUUCAGUUUUGCAGCCUGACGUAAAGAAUGUCUCAAAUUAUACAGUUCAGUUAAGCCCUAUUCUUAAUUCAGCCUCAACAACAGAAGCUCCUUCUGCUCAGAUACUUUCCAACCUAAACAGUAAUAUGAUGCAGGUGAUGCAUCAAACCACUAAACAGAUGUCCCCAAUUAUGAAUCAGUCACCAUCUGAUGUGAAUCACAUGCCACAAAAUCUCCUUGGUGGCCAAAACCAGUUAAUAGCACCUUUGGCAGUAACUAAUACAGGAAAUGCUUCAAAUACACCCUUUGCAAAUGUUGACCUUCUCCAGAAACUCAGGUUGACUCCACAACAGGACCAAAUACAACAGUCUCUAAGUAAAACUACUAUGAUGCCUAGCAGUUCAUCCACAAUUAGCCAACUGGCAACACCAGAAAGCUUCAAAGAAUCCCACACCAAACCAGCAUCACUGAAGAGCAAAAUAAUCACACCCCGUCAGAUCAUACAACAAAUCAGGGAGCCAGAAGUAUUUCCACAACCCAAGGCUUUGCCAAAAGCCAACCAAGUGACACCUUCUCAGUUUGUUACAGCCACCACCACAGUGACUCCUUCAGUCCUCUUGUCUCCUAGUGUUUUCCAACAGUCAGCGGCAAAAUCUACUGAAACGGAAAAUAAAGCUAGCACCUCUUCUCCUCUCACAGUUGGAGCAACUGAAAUUCAGACAAUGCCUCCUACUGUUCUCAGUAGAUCUCAGCUCCAGGAAACAUUAAUACAUCUAAUAAAGAAUGAUUCCAGUUUUCUCAGUACUGUUCAUGAAGUCUACUUGCAAGUCCUGACCAAGAAUACAGACCUCAAACUAUAAUUGAAGUUAAUUCAGUUCAACUGACAGUAUGUCUGCUUCUGAAACAAUUAUGCCUCAUCUAUAAAGUUGUAAUAUUUUUUUAAAAAGAAUAUUUAGUUUUCAGCAUCUUGAAUUUUGAGCCUAUUGGGAAAGACUAUAAAAUUACUUCUAAAAGUAAUCUUCUCAGAAGUGAUCUAGGUUUCACUGUGAUCAUCACCAGCAAAUCUUUGUUUUGAAGUCAAAUUUGUUUAGUUGCAUAUUUGCAUUUUUUAGCAAUAACUGGAUGAGCACAUGUUUUCUCUGACUUUUAUUUCCAGCUACCUUCAGUACUAAAACGUUAAGGGGAGCAGUAGUGGUUUUUAAACUCUCCAGUGGACAGUACACUACACAGAUCAGAACAAAACUCGUUUGUAAAACCCACUUAUGGUUGUGAAGGCUUUGUACAGGCUGGGGAAUCUCAUUUAUCAUAACUAGCUGGAUGCCCUUAGAGCUAGAUGUUUGAGGUAAGGGUUAAAAAUACUUUUACCCAUUCUUGUCCAACAAACAGCUUCUACCCAAUGCAUAUCCUUACUUUGAAAGGAUCCUUUAGGUUUUGGUUUUUGCAUCUUUGGUCACAAGUACGUGUCCAGUAGUGUGCGCUCAGUUUCUCUAAAAAAGAGGAUUGUCUAGGAUAGGACAAUUGUGUUAUUUAAGUAACAGCUUGAUUCUGUACUUAAAAUUAGAUCUGAGAGAGAACACCACUCGAAGACUAUAUUGUUUUCCUGUUCUCUGGAACUCUAUAAUAUUUUCAGUAUAUUGUUUCUGUUAAGCUAAAGAUGGGCUAAUGCUAGAAUUGAGUUUUCAUUCCAUACUUGUGUUGGCACGGUCACGCUGAAAACUCUACAGAUGGAGAACUGCAAACUGACCCCUUGCCUACAUGUUUUUUUUCACAUUGCAUAGUACAGGGGUUGUAUUUAGUUGAAAAGUGAACACUUCUUACAUAUGGUUUACCAUAUCCUUAUUUACCAUUGUAAGAAUCCGAUUUCUUCAUGUCUCCCCACUUGAAGUCAGAAAAGAAUCUCUUGUUAUUUUUUACUAUGCUGCUAUUGGUCUAUCAGUGACUUAUAUUUAUUUCUAUAUGGCAUGCAAAGGUACUUAGUAAUACUUUAAAAUAGGUCUCAGUUGAUUCCAGCAAUAGUUAUUUUAAGGACUGGUUUUUGAGUAGAGAGGUCUUGGUAUAUUUGGUAAAGGAUAAUUUGUAGUAAAUUUAACCAGUUAGGAUGCUUUGCUUAUUUUUUCCAAGCACUAUUGCAAUGAAGAAGGAACAAGUUUUGUUUGGCUGUAUAAAAUAGAAUAUCCUAGUGAUUAGUUGUAAUAAUGUUGGCAUAGUCAAGGGUGCAGUGUCAUUUCAUUGGAAAUGAUCAACUAAGCUUUAAUUGUGACUCAGUCACAAAUCCGUGUGCUUAUAACAAAUUGUGUGUGUUUUUCAUAUGUCUAAUAAUUAUUUUAAUUUGAACUUUGUGCAUGAAUAGAAAAGGGUUUUGUUUAGCAAAAUCUGCCUUCUGAAGAGUUUUUCAACCUUUGAACUCAGUGUUUUCAAUUUAAAAUAUUUAGUAUUUUAUAUUAGUGUGCAGAAUUCAGGGAAAUGUGCUAGCGAUCAUGUGAAUUUACCAAUAUGUAAGCAUUAAUCGUAGCAUUUGAAUUCAGCAAGGAAGACUUUCUGGACCUUGUAAGGAAGAAGGUGAUCUUCCUAUACACCUACCAGACUUAUAAUAAUAUGCACAAAGCAAUGUAAAUUUCAUUAGUUUACUUAAGUCCAUACACCUAAUACAAAUAAAACUUGAAGACCUUUUCUGCAGGAGAAAGAACGGGGGAAAAAUGCCAAAUUAGUGAGCAGUGCUCUUGGAUAUAGUCCUAGUGGAAAAUAACUAAGGCCAUCAUUAGAUGUCUUUUCUCUGGCUUCAACAAAUACAGAAACAGAACUUUCUUGACUUUUUUUUUUUUUUUUUUUUUUUUUUAAAGCAUUUCUACUAAAUGAGGGUGACUGGAAAGAGGAAUUCCCAAUAUAGAAAUGAGAAAAGGAAUUACUGAGAUAAUAACAAUUACAAAUAUUUGUGUUAACUUUCAGUUAAAUACAGUCACAUCCUUAAAAUGCCAUAUCCAAAGAUUUAUAGAAAUGAUGGGAUACUAAAGAUUUCUCUCAUAUGGAUUGGACUUUCAUUUUAAGUCUGUAAGUCAUGAACAGUUGAUCAUUUGGGAAUGUUGUUUUAAUUAGCAAAGUAUUAUAAGGUGAUUAUGAUCUAAACCCCAAACAUUUUUAUUUAACGUGCUUGUGUUAUACCUGUCGAGGAACCUCAACAAGAUAUUGGUAAAGCCAAGUUCUCUUAAAUUUUUAUAUUACACUAGCCUGGAAAAGUGUCGUCUUCCCAGUUUGCAGAAUGAAUAUAAAGCAUAGUGAUGACUAAGCAAGCUUUCUAAUGAGUACAACUGAUUUCUAUUCACACUGAAUUCUUACCCACAUUUACUCCAACUGCUGUAUGUAUAAACAGACACACACUGGGAGAACUGGAGUCUCUUGUAGUAUACCGAACUGUUGUAAUAAGACAAAAUUUAACAGAGAAACCUCUUUAACGAAGGAUUGCAUUGUAAAACAGAAGCUCUGCUUCAGAAUAAAACUGGAGAUGUUUUAUAAUGUGGAAGUCGUUUGAUGGCUUUAUUCUGACUAUUUUGAACUUUUGUAUUCUAAAAUUGUCAAGUUAGUUUCAUUGCUUGAUUUAUAUUAGCUGCAAGUACUGAUUGCUAAUGCAUAGCUAGUUACUAUGGGUCAUAACAACUUAACAUCAUUUAAAGUGACUUUUUAUUUUGGUAAAAACUACUACUUAAUGUGAUCGUACCCUUCAGCUCUGAGAGCGAAAACUGUUAGUUUAGGAGUUUAGACUUUAUCCCCAAAAUUGAUUAUCAGUCUAAGGAUGUGAUUUAUGUGGUCACUGUUAAGUCACUUUAAAAAUGAUAAUCUUCAAAUAUAGUUUGAAGAUUUACAGCUUUAUUAUUCACAAAAUUAAGGUUGUUUCUCAGUUUUGUAGCUGUUACAUUAAUUUGCACAGUUUUAUGGAAGAUGCCAAACCCGUAUUGAUUUGAAAGCAGUAUAUCUUGUCGAAGUAAAAAACAUUUACAAAAGAAUUGAGGCAAACUGCGAGAGUGAUUAUUAAGUUUAGUUUCAUAACAACAAAUUGCCAGGUAUUGAUAUUCAGCAUGUUUGAACAUUUCCUAAUGGACAUGUUUCAUUUUGCCUACAUUUUGUUUUGCUUCAUUUUGGUGCAUUCCUUGAACCUAUAAUGCCCUAUCUAGUCAAGUAUGUAAUUACUGGGAAACUUUCAAAAGAGUGAUUAUUUUGGAAUGUUAUCUUUAAAAGGGUGUGAGAAACCAGCCAUUUUCCCCAGCUAUUUGAAUUGUUUCUUGCCUACAGCAUACCUUUUACAGGAGGAAUGUGUGCAAUAUAUUUCACCUCAGUUUAAUCUGACAUUGGUGUGAAAAUGUUAAGAUGCAAUAUCUUCCUUCGACUUUAAAUUGGAAAAAAUUGCAAUAUCUUUCCCUGAUGGUCUAUUUAUUUUUUAUCUAUUUUGUGUAUGGGCCCACUGGGGGGAGGGUUAAAAUAUAAAGUAAGCAUUUAAAAUGCAUGAAUUUUUUUAACCACUUUUGGCUUCAUGGGUUAUUAUUUACGUGCAUGUUUUUACAUUAUGAAGAUGCUCAAGACAUUGGGCUUUUUAGUAAUUCUGGACAUAUGGUCUACGAACAGGUGUUUUUUAAAGUCAAUAAACGUAGAUACUGCAUCACUAACAUUAUGGUAUGAUAUGGACUUCAUUAUAUCCUCUAUGUAUGUUUGCAAAUAUUAAGUUAUUGCAUAAAUGUUUAAGAACUAGCAUUUUUCAUUCAAAAUUUUGUACAUUUGCAAAUAUAUUUUUGUAAUAAAAUUUCAAAAACAAAUA